UUGGCUGUCACACAAAGCGGAAGUCGCUAUUUCUGCCUGGGUUUGGCGCAUGGGUUAGAUUUUUUUAACAUGUGAGCGUGUGUCCAUGCACAAAACACGCAAAUGUGAAUAUUUUAUCCGCUUUUGACGCGUUUACCUUACACGACAGAAGCAACAUUACACGCGUGCCAUAGUAACCUAACUCAUGACGUUGAUACGACAGCAACCGCGUGGAUGCUAACCAACUCCUCACCGAACUUAAUUUACACAAAGUGUUCAAAUGAAAGUUGUUGUAAUGUCGAAGGUGAAGCCGAAGAAAAAGAAGCAGCUCUCCUCCGAAACAGGAAAAGACAAUUCUGUGAAAAAGAAAAAGAAGUACCGGAUACGAAUGAAGUUCAAAAAGAAAGCCAAGGAGGAAAAAAAGGCCCCAAGUCAGCUCACAAGACCUCCAAAAGAUGCCAAACUUUUUUCUUCCAACUGGAAAGCAUUACAAGAGAUUUUAAAGUCCAAUCAGAUGACUGCAAUUGAGCCAAAGACACCCCAACAACAACCUAGCGGUCCUCAGCAAGAAAAGAAAAACAAAGCAUCCACAAAUGUACAUCAGAACAAUAUCUCCUCCAGUAAGACUGAUUCAGAACAAAAAGUCAAACACAAAAGUGUUGACUCUCAGGCUAAAAUUCCCGUUGUGACCGACGCAAAUCAGUCAGCUGCAUCUAAAAGGAAAAAUGCGUUUAAAGCAAACGGCCAAGCAGCCAAGAAGCAGAAAGUCGAGGCGAACGAGUCCAAACCUACGGAGGAGGACAUUUGGUUUGAUGAUGUGGAUCCUGAUGACAUCGAGGCGACGGUGGGGGCGGAGGCAGCAGAGAUCAUGAGGAAGAGGCAAGGCGUUCACAAGAAAGACACGCACUACACGCUGGUCAAGGAGAAUGCUUUUCAGGGUCUGACCAGAGCAGUCGCCAUCGACUGCGAGAUGGUAGGCGUCGGUCCCGACGGCGAGGACAGCAUCUUGGCGCGCGUCUCUCUCGUCAACCAGUUCGGGAAGUGCGUCUAUGACAAGUUCGUCAAGCCAAGCGAGAAGGUGACCGACUACAGGACGGCUGUCAGCGGCAUCCGGCCACAGGACAUCAAAGAUGGAGAGAACGUAGCGACGGUGCGGAAGGAAGUUGCCGAGAUCCUGAAGGGAAGAAUAGUGGUUGGGCACGCCCUACAGAAUGACUUCAAGAUCUUGCUCCUGGAUCACCCGAAAAAGAAAAUACGAGACACCCAGAAGUAUAAACCCUUCAGGAAAACUGUCAAGACGAACCGACCUUCGCUGAAAUUACUUUGUAAAGAAAUACUCAACGUCAAUGUCCAGCAGGGCGAACAUUCCUCUGUCCAGGAUGCGCAGGCCACCAUGAGGCUGUACACGCUGGUGAAGAAACAGUGGGAGGCCGACAUCAAAAACAGCGCGGACGAGAAACGCGAAAAGCGCAAGCCCAAGUCUCCCAAGAACGCGAGCAAGCGUCGUGUCGCAGGUUUGUCCUUUUGAAGUGAAAGAGAUGGACUCUUUACGUCAACAAAGACUCUUUUUAGUACUCCUUGGAACCUAAAAGUGACUGAAAAGAAUUUUUGAUGGGAUUAAGCGGGAUAUAAAAAAAAAAAUAAUAAUAAUAAAUCACCAACUGAGCAAUAACUCCAGCUUCAGUGGAGGAAAGCAAGCCAAACAAAAUGCGUGGAUAGAACAGAAAGGCAUUUUGGGAUAUCUUCCAUAUACGUACAUACUUGGUUUCCUGAAUGUUUACAUAAACGUCAGGAGACUUCAGUGUUCUACAUUUACAUGCAUUUCAGCGAACCUCGAAUCUCCGCUAAUGGCUGUGGAUUUGCGAAACGUUUUCUCUUAAUUGGGUGUCCAACUUGGUUUGUUAUGUUCAUUUGCUGCUUGCCUUGAGUUGCACGGUGUCUGUACAGUUUGAAUAAAAUAUAAAUAAAAAGUCA